CCGAGUUUUUAGUUUUAUACCUUUCUUUGUUGGUUGCCAUCAACAAACCGUUGAUCACGCCUGGUCGAUACCAAUCAUUUGACGGUCCCGAAAUAAAAUAAGUUGCUCCUGUAAGUAUAGCAGUGUAACAACCAUAAUCAUGCCGACAGCAGCUGCAAAAAUGGAUGAGCCCUAUUACUGCUCCCAGCAGAUAAAUAUUCCCCCAGAACUGCCAGAUAUCCUCAAACAGUUCACUAAAGCUGCCAUCAGGACUCAACCAAAGGAUGUGUUAGCAUGGUCAUCUGCGUAUUUCCGAGCUAUGUCAAAGGGUGAAAUGCCUCCCAUUAAAGAAAGACUGGAAAUGCCAGUUGCAACCCAAAAGAUUGACAGUGGCCUCACUCCCGGACUUCUCAGAGUUUUGAAUAAACAGUUGGGUCCCAAGCUGACAGUAACUCCAGCACAGGUUCAAGAGAGAUGGCUGGACCUGGCUCUGCCUAAGGAACAAUUUGAUGACAUCAUGAAAGUUGGAGGGUUCACUGUCAAGUUUGAAUGGAACAAAUUCUUUGCACUUGCAGCUUCUGUUCUUGGAGAUAACAUCACUGAAGCCAUGAAAACAAUUUGUGAGAUCUUGACCAAUGAUGCUGAGGGUGGACCAGCUCGCAUCUCCUUCCAACUCUUCCAAGAUCUCUAUCGCUUCCUGGCGGAAGUUGACGGAGAAAUCUCCAACCAACAAAUUACAGAUGUCAUCAACCACCUCCAAUAUGAUGUGGACAAACAAGAUGGUUACGUGAUGCCCCGGAACUUCCUCAGCCCUGACUGCCCUCAGCUGUCCUGAUUUGCAUUUGCAAACUUUUUUUUUCACUUGUUUUUGAACUUGUUAAUAUCAUACUUCGGUGUCUACUAAAAUACAUUAUGCUCCUUCUCUUUGCUGUCCUUUAUCAUCACAACCUAUCUCCGUUGUUCUGUUUGUCUUCUCUUUGAAAAACAUAUCCGUUCAAUUCUCUCUCUGAUGCUCUUUGUCUCUUUGUGGUGGGACCACUAUGCUGGAAAAGUAUAUUAUUAUUUGUCUGGCAGCAUGUCAAAAUGAAAGGUUGAUAAAUAGGUUUCGAAAGUUAACAUUUGAGCUAAGCAUAUUUUUAUUGCAUAACAACGCUUUAUUUUUCUGCAUUUAGGUUUCUGGGUUGUUAAGUUGCUGGUUUUUUCAACCAGCAUGAUAUUUUGUGGGAAUGUAUAAUAGACUUGGCAGCUCAUAAAGGUUUUUUUCCUGGUAAACUUUUAUCUGAUAGACCAGUUAUCUUAUUUCCUGCUUUGUUCUUUUUGUAUUAUUUUCCCCCCCAUUAGAUUCCUCAUUCUUUUCUUAAGGUUACUGGCCGAAGGAAAUUCUGAAUCCGUCCUAUAUCUCAAUGUGAUUAUUUUCACUAUUGGGAGUAAAGAGUUAAAUAUUAUUUAUGUGUACGUUUUUUCUUAUAAUAUUGGUAUGUUGGAGUGAAUGCUGGAAGAAUGUUGCAGUUGUUGAAAUAUACAUAUUACAUGUAGUUAUGGGUCAGUCUUAUUUAUUCAUGAUUCUUGCAGUCCAUCUAGUGAAGAGGUUAUUCAUAACAUGGCAAAUUUUGUCCCUGCCACCGUUGAAUGAAAAGUAAGUAAAAUUGUGAUUGACAGGGUAGGAUUUUUUGUACUGAUUCGUCUCCUUUCCAGGGCAAUUUUUAUUUUACCUUUUUUAUCAUUUUGUUUUUUAUGGAGAUUAAAUACUUGUAAAUCUGUCAUAGCUUACUCUUCUUUCUGACAUUUCACAGAUAUUUGUGUCUCAACAAUUUAUUUUAGGGAACUCUUUAUUCUCUUAUGAUCAACCAUAAAGAUUGAGCAGAGGAAGAUGGCAAUGUAUGCCCUGUGAUAUUGCAUAGUGGUAGUGACACUUAUUUGAGCAUUUCUAUACAGGCAGGCUGGUUUUGAAAGCUACUGUUUGCAAGCGUUAGCAGGUUACACAAAUAUUGUGGGGGUAAGUAUUGUUGCUUACUUACUAUAUCACAGAUUUUUUUCAACUAUCAGUAAUGUAGGCCACACAAUAAAUAUGUGUGAAGAAUUUGUAAUCCUGUGUGGCAUUUUUUGUUGGCCAGACAAUGUAUCUAAGACUGUUUGGAUGUUUUAGUAAAAAUAAAAGUCUCAAAAUAAUUUAA